AUUGAAAACAGCAAGAGUAAAAUAUUUUGAAAAUAUGCUUAGCUUUACAGGUCGGCGCUUUACUGGAGUUCUGUUUAAAAAAUUCCAUCAUUUUUUUAUUACACGCGCACUUUUCAAGGAGUAUGGCGAAGCGACCAUGUCUGAAAAAUCUGAGUAUCCACCAAUUGAAGAUGCAGUGAGAAAAGCACUGUCAAGAGAAUUAAACCCAGUAUACAUGGAAGUUAUUAACGAGUCGCCAAUGCACAACACACCUAAAAAGGCAGAAUCUCACUUUCGGGUCUUUGUGGUUUCUGAAAAAUUUAACAAUCUUACAUUGAUCAAGCGCCAUCGUUUAGUUAAUGAUACAAUAAAAACCGCGUUAAUAGGGGCGGGGCUUCAGUUCAUGCACGCCCUAUCAAUUGAGACUCUGACGCCAACUCAGUGGAAGCCCGAACAGCUGCCGGAAAAGAGUCCACCCUGUAUGGGUGGCUUUGGUAAAUGACGGUCAAUCAAUAUUUUGUGUUUUUUAGUGU